AUUCUUUUGUCAGACAAGGCAUAUCUGCUGUGGACUUCGACAACAAGGGAAUAUACUUGGUUUCAGCAACAAAAACAGGUUGUCUAACAGUACACGACUUUGAGAGUCUUUAUUUGCAGACUAAUGAAACAGGCUUGAGUGAAGAUGAGAACAAACAAUUACUGCACCUUUCCCUAAAUGAACAGCUCGACUUUGUACGGUGGAAUCCUGCCAACCAAGAUGAGGUGGUCUGUACAUCCAUGAAAAGUAAGGAACUAUCAUUAUUUUAUGUUGUUCCAUUGUUAGCCGAGCACAUCUAUGGAGGAACUCUGUUAGCCAUGUGUUCCAAUGUUUUUAUAUGUUUCUAUGAUUGGGCAGAGGGCAGACUGAUCCGUCGUAUUGAUGUAAAUGUGAAGAACCUUUAUUGGGCUGAUAGUGGUGAUUUGGUGGCAAUAGCCAAUGAUACAUCAUUUUAUAUCCUGAAGUACAAUCGUGAUGCAGUCUCUUCCUAUUUAGAUAGUGGAAGGCCUGUUGAUGAACAAGGGGUUGAAGAUGCAUUUGAGCUCCUGCAUGAAGUGAAUGAACGGGCAAGGACUGGCCUUUGGGUUGGGGAUUGCUUCAUUUACAACAAUUCUUCCUGGAGACUGAACUAAUGUGUUGGUGGCGAGGUAACCACAAUGUUCCAUUUGGAUCGACCCAUGUAUUUGCUUGGAUAUCUUGCCAGCCAAAGUCGGGUCUAUUUGAUAGACAAAGAGUUCAAGUAUGGAAACUGUAGUCCUUUUCGUAGAGUCAUGGAAUCUUGAUUCGAUAUGAGCUGUGUUCAGAAGUUUGA